GAUGUUUGCAGCCGGAGAGCGGGGCUGCUGGAGACUCACUGUGAGCUACUAACACACGGGUGGAAGAUUAGCUUUUGUAAUACUCGGUUUGCAUGUUCUGAAAGUCAUCUGUCUUCUGAGUCAACAUUCCCGGCCUGGUCAAGAAUCUGAUCAGGGCUCCGGUGAACCAGCCGUAGCACCUCUACUGCCUGUGAGCGAUUUGUCACUUCCUUCUGUAAGACUGGCACCGGCAGACAUGCAGUCCCAGAGGAUCCCGGGGAGAAAGCGAGGCCGACCCCCACUUCACUCAACACCUAUGAAGAUGGCGGUUCGUAACCUUUAUUCCGCGUCAGCUGGCGCGUUGCCAGCAGUGAAGAUCCCCAAGAAAAGAGGGCGGAAGCCUGGGUACAAGCUCAAGUCUCGGGUUCUUAUGACUCCUUUAGCCCUCUCACCUCCGCGGAGCACACCGGAGCCCGACCUCAGCUCCAUCCCUCAGGAUGCAGCCACCAUACCAAGCUUGGCGGCCCCACAGGCUCUCACAGUCUGCCUCUACAUCAAUAAACAAGCCAAUGCAGGGCCAUACUUGGAGAGGAGGAAGCUGCAGCAGCUCCCCGAGCACUUUGGGCCCGAGAGGCCGUCAGCGGUCUUGCAGCAGGCUGUGCAAGCGUGCAUCGACUGUGCCCAUCAGCAGAAGUUGGUCUUCUCCCUGGUCAAACAGGGCUAUGGCGGUGAGAUGGUGUCAGUCUCAGCAUCCUUCGAUGGGAAACAGCACCUGAGGAGCCUGCCUGUGGUGAACAGUGUUGGGUAUGUCCUUCGCUUCCUCGCCAAGCUGUGCCGAAGCCUCCUGUGUGAUGACCUCUUCAGCCACCAGCCCUUCUCCAAGGGCUCCAGUGGCUCUGAGGAAGCUCAGGAGAAGAAGGAAGGCAGGAUGGAGUCAGCAAAAACAGCCACCACUGAGGAGUGCCUGGUGAACCCUGUAGGCAUGAGCCGCUACAGCGUGGACCCCUCCACCUCCGCCUUUAGCCACAGGGGCUCCUUCCCCACCUCCUCCUCGCUGUACUGCAAGAGGCAGAACUCUGGAGAUGGCCAUCUUGGGGGAGGCCUGGCCACCACUGCCAAUGGUCCCCGUUCCAGCCCCAUGUCCUCUGGAGGCCCCUUGGCACCUGGGCUGAGGCCCCCAGGCUCCAGCCCCAAGAGAAACGGGACCUCUCUCGAAGGAAACAGAUGUGCCUCGAGCCCUUCCCCCGACGGGCCAGACGCCAGGCAGCCACGGAGCAGGAACCCUUCCACCUGGACUGUGGAGGAUGUGGUCUGGUUCGUGAAAGAUGCUGACCCGCAGGCUCUGGGUCCACACGUGGAGCUCUUCAGAAAGCACGAGAUUGACGGCAAUGCUCUCUUGUUGCUGAAGAGCGAUAUGAUCAUGAAGUACUUGGGUCUGAAGCUGGGACCUGCACUGAAACUCUGCUACCAUAUUGAUAAACUGAAGCAAGCCAAAUUCUGAAGGUUUCUCAAAAGAUGGAAGCAAAGUCCAGACAAGCAGGUCUCAGGAUCGUCUUCUGCCUUACCAACAUCCAGCCGCCAUCACAAAAUGGCUUCUCUCCUGAAAAAUAACAUCCACAAAGACUGGCUCUUUUUCUAAAACUUGUGCAUCUCUGCCUUCUAAAAAAUUCAACAUGGCCCUUUCGAAAGGCUCCUCUGUGUUAAUGAUUUGCCAAAAGUUAAUGGAAAAGCCUAUUAUUUUAGCAUUCCUGGUAGGUUGGUUGCUGUGAGUAGGGGUCCUGUCUUUAUGACGAGAGAUCAGGGACCCCAAUGCUACUGCCCAAGGAGAACCCUGGAGGGUUCCACGGAUGUGAGAAGAAAGACCUUUGUCUUUACUGGAACUCCACCAUAGCACCACCCGUUUUAACGUUUUUAACUCUGCCCCAGGGGACCUGUCAGUGUGAGCCUUGCUUAAUUCAGCUCUGGAAGCUGUCUUCUGAGGAAACAUGCCUCCUCACCUUGCACUAUCUGGAAAACUUGAAUUCUUUUGCUCUCUGAAAGAGAAGAAAAAAAAAAAUCUUUUCUAUUCCGACUUAA